AGAAGAGAAGUUUGUGAUUGUGAAGGUGAAGUGACAUUGACAGUUUGACAGAAGCAUGUCUUAAUCUCAUAUGACUUUAUUUACUAAAAAUUGUUAAAAACUACAAUAUUUUUAGUAUGAUAAAUAAAUUAAAAAGUGAAACACAUAUUUUCUAAAAUGGAUUUUGCUCGUAAGCAAUUAGAAAAGUAUGGUUGGUCGGAAGGCAAAGGAUUGGGCAGAAAUGAAGAUGGAAUUUCAACAGCAAUUAAACCCAAACUUAAAUUUGACAAUUCAGGAGUUGGGCAUAAUGUUGGGGAACAAUUCACAAAUAAUUGGUGGGAAAAAUUGUUCAACAAUGCAGCUGAUAACGUCAAUGUACAAAUGGAUGACAAUAAUGACAUAAAAAUGAAUGUAAAAUGUAAAGAUGCUGUAGAAAUUACUACUAAAAACUAUUCAGUAAAAGCCUUUAAACAGAAUAGUAACUUAGAAUAUGGUUCCUUUCUUAAAACUGCCACAAUGACUGGAAAUGAUGUAAAAAUACACGAUGUUCCAAAUUUACCAGAAAUCAAAAGUAAUUUUCAAUCAUUGACUGACGAAGAGUUGUUUGCUGCUUGUGGAGGUAGAACUGCCCACAAAGGUGCUCGGCAUGGCCUUAAAUUAGGGGGGAAAUUAUCCAGAAUACAAAAACAAGAAAAACUAUUACUUAAAAAAAUGAGAAAAGUUUCUAUAUCAGACAACGAUUCAGAAAAGACUUCAACAGAAAAGAAAUUAAAAAAAUUAAAGAAACAAAAAGAAGAAUCUAGAGAAAAAUAUAUCCCGAUAAUGGAGGAUAGUAUGGAAAGCACAUCCUCAAAUGGACUGAAAAAGAAGAAAAAACGCAAAAGUGUGUCUUUUAGUGAGACUGUUAUUGUAACUCCAAUUUAUACUGUAGAUCUUGAUACUAGUUUUGAAAGUGAACUUGGUUCGGUUAGAGGCGAUAACAUUGAACCACAUUUAGAGGCAAUUGCCAGCGGAUCAGAUGAGGGUAUUGAACAAGACAUUGAAAAUAAUAACAAUAACAACAAUAAUAAUGACUAUUCGGACAACCACAGAAGUUUCGAAGUUGGACAAUUUAACAUAAAUGAUCUCUCAAAAGCAGAACGAAAAAAACUAAAGAAGAAACGAAAAUUAGAAGCCAAAAAGAAUACUCCCACUGUUUUAUUUUUACAACAAUUGAAUAUAGAUCCACGCGAUGACGAGGAUGUAGUUGACUUUGAAGAAGAUAAAGACAUUAAUCUUAAAAAAAGAAAGUACCUAGAUGAUGCAGGCUCGUCAAAGAUGGAGUGCCACAGUAAGAACAGGAAAAAGAAGGACAAACAGAAGAGAAAGAAGAGGAAGGCUGAUGAAAAGCUCAAUACUCUUGUUAAAUCGUUGGAUACUGUGUGUCGCAUAUCAGAAAGUGAGUAAUGUGCAGCUCUUUUUAUGUUGGGCCAUUUUGACACGUUUUUCUAGAUUAACAUAUUGGAAAUUUUCGAUGACUAGUUAAAUUACUUUAAGUUUUAUUUUCAUUUGUAAAAUAAUGAAAUAUAUGCAUAUAAAGAG